AAUAAUUACAAACAUUAUUACAAACACUAUACACUAUACUGUAUGUAACCACAAUUUGUAUAUAUAUAAUUUAAUCAUAUAUACAUAUGUAUAAAUAUUUCAAUAUAUGCAUACAUGUGUGUGUGUAUUUACAUACAGUAUAUAUGGAUAUGUAAGUGUGAAUGGUUAUUUAUCUCAAUAUAUGGAUGGCAUAAAUGAAGUCGAUUGAUCACUGCCCCUAAAUUCUGUUCAAACCAAAUGACCUUUGACCAGUGUUGGCCUCAAACCAUGUGUGGAAACACUGGUUUAUAGUACAUUUUACGCUCACCUCCUUCACUGACUUUCCUCCCAAUUUAACCACAGUAACAAUAACAUCUCAGCACUGAAUAUUUUCCAUGUCUGUCCAUAGAGAUUGAACUGCCCACCGCUUAACAGUCGUUCAUUCAUAAGUUGACCACAAAUCUAUUAAUGAAAUUUCUAUUUAUGUCUUUGCAGAAUAAUGAGCUCUACUUCCUGCACCAGGCUUUUUUAGGAUUCAGCUGCUUUGUAUGUAUUGUAUGUUUGUGCACCGAGUGUGUGUGUCUUCCUAUUUUCUCAUUUCUGAACUGACACGCUCUGAUAGAUGUCCAUGGAUCUGGCCAUAGACUCUGGUUGAUAAACCUAUGGAUUUAGCAGUAUAAGGAUGACAGAUCAGGCUCUAAAUAACGCAAGUGGGUGGAUUCACACACAGGCGCCAUGUACGUUUGUGGGACCUCAUUCCACAGCUGUCUGUUGUGAUGAAUGACUGAGUAUGUCCUUACAAUAACCAAAAUGUCCAGUCAAUGCAACAUAAAGUUAAAUUUAUCUUCACCAGUGAAUUUCUCUUUUACAAUGUUUACUUCACAGCCCACGGUGAGGGCUGUUUUUUUUUUUUAUUUCCCUGAGUUUUGACCCUGUUUCCCCUCCUCAUCAGUGAGUUGGUUGGACAAACAUUAACAAAAGUCUGACGGCACAAAAAGACCUCCUUGGAAAUGUUCUGUUAACAUUAACCUCAGAGCAUUCUCAUUACAUAACAGGGUUUUGUGUCUGUUUUACUGGGGAUCAACUCUAAAAACAAUAGUGACAGCUAAUUGAAACAUUUUAACUAUAUUGUUAAUUAAUCUUAAUUAUAUUGUUUAAGUUGUAGCUUAUAAAGACAGGUGGCGGUGUUUAACAAACUGCCCCUGUGCAGAAGAAGUUACUGCCCUCUGAUUGCUUUCUCCAGUCACAGUAAAAAAAACUCUAGUCGCACUAAAUCACAUCCACUUCACUACAAGAGCAGUGAAAAGAAGUCAGCCUGAAGCUGAGACAGGAUCUGAAUGGAAACAACAUCAGUUCAUUACGUAAGCAGGUUUUGUGUGACACAUUUGCUGUUUGAUCCUGGCUUUAGUCGGUUUGAAGCACACUGACAGAUACUCAGUUACUACUGAUACUAGUACUUGUAGUUAUUAAUCUCCCAGACUCCCCUGCUGUAACAGUGUGCAGUCUGCUGUCUAAACCCCAGUGUGACCUUUAAGUGAACACCUGUACGAACUGUGAUGAAAAUGUUUUUUUUUUCUUUUCUAUGUGUUACGGUCACGGCGGGACAUCUGUUGGAGCAGAGCUGAGGUGUGAUUAGAUUAGAAACCACCAUCAGGAAGGUGUCACAAUUCUAUGCCAACUACUUAUUAAACCUACAGGAAGAGUCCAUGCAGCUUCACAUUUUGGACAGGUGUGUGUGUGUGUGUGUGUGUGUGCCACAAUCUGUUACACUGUAAACAUUAUAAAGUUAGCAAUACUCAAAUAAGUCAUUACCUGUAUUUUUUAUUAACAUUUAAUUAAUUAAAAUUAAAUUUUAUUGUUAUCAAAUAAAUGUGUAUAUGUAACAGUGUAUAGGAUUUAGCAUCACCUAGUGGCAAACUUACAGUUUGCACUGCAGUGUCUGUGCCUGUAUUUUGUUUUUUUAAUUAUUCCCCACAGUCAGUGUCUGGACCACAGCCACAGCUGCGCCCUUCAUGUGAUUUGUCUUUAUUUUGUUAUUAGCUUCAGCUCAGAUAAACAGAUUUAACCCAACAACCUUCCGAUGUGUCCAUUGGUAAAAGAUUUGACCAAAUUUAAACCAAGGGAGUCAGAAACAUUUUAGCAUCUGUGCUGGACCUUUUUGCCCUACAGGGGUGUUAUUAAUCAUAUAACAGAGCUCUUUUGAACAUUUUAUACAUUUAAAGUCAAACUACACAAAGUUAUUAGAAAUAUGGACGGUUAAGAAAAGAAUCAGCCAAAUGUCACUACACAGUGUUUCACACCCCCACCCGCCCAACGGUUGCAUAAUGCUGAAGACACUUAGGUCCCCCAUGGCACUUCACUCGUCCAGAGGACAAGAUUAUAUGUGCAGACCAUCACAGGGCCAGUCAUGGGGGGUGUGGGAAGGGGAGGGCAGGUGUGGGGGGAGGUGCUGUGGGGCGGAUCUUUCAAUCUGAGCAGAGUUUAAAGCCCCUGACGGAGCAGCAGAAAACAAGCAGCUGUGAUAGAGUUGCCACAUGAAGAAGCAGCACCAGGAGCUGUCCAAAGUGCUGAACUGAUCUGACGUUGUGACCGACGACUCACCAUUGUCAACGUCAGUGUGUUUUUCUGAUCACACCCUGAGCCUGCUCUCACCUGUGACACUGAACACUAAGGCUGCUGACAGCUGACAGAUUACAUGGAAUGACCUUCCUCUAGACUUUAUGACCACAGCAAAAAUGUCCCUGCAGAUCAGUGCCAUUCCAGUCGUCCUCUGAGUAAUAAAUACAACACAGGAUAAACAUUAACAACUCCAUCUUUUUCUCCACAAUGAGCAACACUGACUACUGGGUUGUGGACUACCAGCUCUCCUCUCCAGCUCCUCUUGGGUUCCCCAGGGGCACGGCUGUGCUGCAGCCCGUGGCGGGACACCCUGAGCAGGGAACGGCUCUGUGUUUUGUGGGCCUCCUGGUGUUACUUUUGCUCUUUCUUCUUGUCCGCUGUGUCCGUAUCCUCCUAGAUCCCUACAGCAGCAUGCCAGCUUCAUCCUGGACUGACCAUAAGGAGGGACUGGAUAGAGGACAGUUUGAUUAUGCACUGGUGUAAAAAGAAAGGGAAGUAAAGAAGAGGAAAAGAUUAGAAUAAUCAGUUGACAUUUUUGAAAAUGUUUUGUGUUUUUUUUUAGGCACCAUAUAUUAAAGUUGAUGUUUAAUUAUUAUUUAAAUACAGUUACAUAUGCAUAAAGGUAAAGAAAAAGUUAUUCCUGCAUGUUCUUCAUUUAACACAGUGGUUUACAAAUGUUGUUUUGUUUUGUAAUGUUUAAAUGUGGAGCUUUGCUUAAAGGACUGUAAAUGUAAAA